AACAUCCCUGCCACCCACCACCACCACCUACAAUGUUGUACAGCGUUGUAUACCUGCACUGACCGUGUGCUGUCUCCGCCUCGUGGCCUUUUGUUGGCUCCUUUCCUACAGCCUGAACCUAGUUCUUAUUUUUCUCAAGGUCUCCCUUGCUGCCAGCCCGCUGCCACUCCACGUCCCAGCGGGCCUCCCCUUCGACAGCCCGACGUCUUUUCCGUCCGAUUUGUUUCAGCUGGGCCAACCAAGUUCGUAGUUGACCUACUUCUCAGUUCGGGGUGUACAAAUACCUAGCAAUUGUGGUUUGCGUCGAAAUACUGGGUCCAACACUGGGCGCGGUGUCUGCUGUCUUGACAGGACUUCUCGUGCCUUUUAACACACUCCAUCCCUGCCUCGAGUCCUCCCGACCUCAGAUCGGUAAAUGUCCCUCGAGUUCCUGCUGUCGCCCACGCGUCGAACUCAACGUUCUCAUUAUCCUGCCCGUCCUGGACCGGCGUUGGCCAACAUUCGCUCUCGGUAUCGGGUCAUGAAGAACUGAAGUGGUUUUCUUGAUGCGCAUUCGCGCGGUCGCUCGUUUUAUACAAUAUUUCUUGAUUGCGGGAUUUUUGAGUCCGACUAAAGGGGAGGAACAACGUAUGUUCACCUAAACGGAUAUGCACAUAAUCUGGUCUCUUGUGUCCUUAACUACCGCCCUCGCUCAUGCGCAGGUGCCGACAUGGGACAGAAGGCUUCUUCCAAGAUUCGUCGGAAAUGCUCGACUAUUCACCAACACAACCAUUCCAAAAUUCUUCGCGAACACAAGCACUGUCACAACCUCCUCCUUUCCUACUAUAGAAUCGUCCACGCCGGGCGGCUCCAUGACAUUUGACUCGACAAACAUUUCUACUACUGCAUUAUAUACCGACACAUCCACAGACUCUUCAACAUGUACCGGUUCAGUCACCUACUAUGGAUCGGUCCCUCCCACCGUAUAUCUGACCGUCACCGAAGGCUAUACGGUAACGGUCACAGCCAGCAACGUCUCCGUGACAGACACGCCUACCCUGAUUACGCCGUUACCGGCUUGUGAAGCCACCAUCAUGCCCUUGCUAGGGACAAUCGAUCCUAAUGUCAUCUCUACUAGUAUUUCACAAAUUCUUACUGACGAAUCGACGGAAGGGAGCACUGCUCCUAUGACCAUGAGUCUGAAUGCUACCGCCUCCCCUCUGCCUCCGGGUGCGCCUGCGGCUUCGCCUCUGCCUAGACCUCCGAUUCUGUCGCUAUCGGCACCGGCAUCGGCUUCUACACAUGCACCAUCACCAUUGGAGUCUUUCCAACCAGGAGCAUCUGUAUAUACCAGCGUUGCUUAUACGAGCACAGUCAUUGUCACCAAGAAGACCCCGGUGCCGGUUGUUGCGCCUCCAUCCGCUCCGCCGGACUUCAAUUUCCAGUCGACAACCCAGCCCCCGUCAAGUCCUUCCGGGAAUACCGGCAUUAACUCUGCAGGAAGUGGUGGUGGGGACAGCGGCAAUAAUAACAAUAACAGCGGAGGCAACAAUAAUGGAGGUGGUGGUAACAGCGGAGGCAACAACAAUAGCGGGAACGGAGGCGACAGCGGAGGCUCCAGCGACAGUGGAGACAGCAACAACAAUGGAAGUGACGGUAACAACGGCGGAGGCGACAAUAACAACAACGGAGGCAGCACCAACAACGGAGGCAGCACCAACAACGGAGGCAGCACCAACAACGGAGGCAGCACCAACAACGGAGGCAGCAACAACAACAACAACGGCGUCGACAAUAAUAGCGGCGGAGGAGACUCGGAUGGUAACCAGAACCCACCAGCCGGAGCUGCUUCACCCCAGUCGGGGCGUGUUGAUGGACCAACCCCAGUGUCAACUGCUAAUGAUGGCACUCUGGCGUCAUCCAACGGCAACGGUGCAUCAAUUCCAAGUACUGCUGCUCCAGUCCCUGCGGGCACCACCAAACUGGGCAAUAUCAUCGCCUCGAUUAUAAACUCGCCCUUUGUGACCGCAUCGGCAACUGGCAUUCCUCCUGCGCGGCCAUUUUCCACCACGAUAAACAACGUUCCUAUCUUCAUUUUCCCUUCUACCGUCGUCAUUGGAAGCCAUUCCGUUGCGAUUCCGACUUCCGCUCCCACCACUAUAGAAGCCAAUGGAGCAGCAUUUACUGUCAGACCCUCGGAGGUCGUCGCGCCAGGAACAACCAUUCCCAUUUCGACAGCUCAACAAGAAGCAGGAACAGCUACCCCUUCACCGACAGCCACCGUUGUGACUGCUGUGGGAGAUUUGACCUUUACCAUUGGCCCAACUUUCGCAGUGAUUUCGGAGACCACGUACAGGAUUGGUCAAAAUGCUCACGCGACCACCAUCAUCGUGGACGGCACGACUGUCUCGGUAGGCCCAGACGGAGUGGGACUGCCCAGUAUCACUUUAGGUCCGGGUGGCAUUGCUCGAGCACCGUUUGUUAUGUAUACCGCAGCAGGGCUGACCCUCUCUGUGGACAGCAGCGAGGCUGUGGUCUCUGGCACCACAUAUCGCAUCGGAUCUGAUGCUCCUCAAGUGAAGACCACCAUAGGCAGCCAAAGUGUGUCGUUUGGACCUGGCGGAGUUGGGCUGCCAUCUACCACCAUUGUCCCGACGGCGGCGUCAUCUUCGGAUGCUGGGAGCUUCUCAGGGUCAAUAUCUGCGACUGGCGCCUCUGCCAAAAAUACCUCGCCAUCAGCCUCCGCGACCUCUGCUUCCACUGAGAAGAAUAUGUCACCCCCGCAACCGUUACGACGUUGCCUACUAGCAAUUCCUGCUGCUUUGCUUUUUCUCUGAUCUCUUUUCAAUGCCGAAACGACUUUGGAACGGAGUGGGUCUGGAGGGUAUGGGGAAAACUAUUUGGCGUUUAUGGAACGGAAAUCUUGGAUGAUCUGUUGAUGAAGUGGAUGCUCUACGAUACCCGCGUUAAGCAGAUAAUCAAGAAUGAAUUAUAUCGGAAGGGCUGGCGCGACCGGCGCGACCGAUUCUCGGUUGGAUAGCUUAUCACAAUGUAAUCUAUAGAUGGAAUAUUGUGCUGUGAUAGUCUAUUGAGAAAUGUGAAAGUAAUUACACCACAAGGGUAUCUCUAUCAAUUUAAUAUGAGUUGCCCUGCAAAAAUUCCUGCCACGCUCAUGAUUGAAGCCAUCAGGAGAUUUACCUGGUUGUUGUCCAAAAUAUCAUGACCAGAGUCAAUGAUUCUGCUUUCAUCUCCUUGUUUUGUUCCGUCGCUCUGUUUCAGUUCAUGGUUCAGGCCGCCGGCAGGAGAGGUCUGGUGAGGCUUCGUCAACACCCUCACCCCACCAGGCCCUUCGACAAUUUUCCCCGACCGCCGAUCAACCACAGAUGCCUGCAGGAAAGCACCGAGAAGCGAGUCAACCAGUGUACCGACCGUACCCAGAGCAGUCAGGAGGAUGAAAGACUGCCACGGCCCCAAGGGACUCUUUUCACAGAAAUUGAGCAACAGGACGCUCGUUGCUGAUAUGGCUGCGCUGCCUCCAAUACCGGCCAGCAGACCGGCGCCGCUCACUCCACCGUUGGUACCCGGAGGGACAGAGCGGAGAGUCGUGAUGAGGAUCGGUCUGCUCUUGGACAAGAUUCCCAACUCGCUCGACAGUGUGUCUGCUGCCACGGCCGCAUAAUUGCUCAUGAUACCCAGUAGCAAGAGAUCGGCCGUCUUGUCGGAUUGGGAUCCCGCACCACCAAAACAUGUCGAUUUUUGCGAGUCGAUUCCAUAAAACCAAACGUGCAACAAGACCAACAGGGUGGCACAUCCGCUGUUGGCAAAUACUUGGAUGCUGGUUCUGGGACCCUCACCGCCCGCGUGGCCGCUACUCGACAUGGUGAGCGUGGCUUUGACAUCGUGCUUGACUUUUGUGGCGCUCGUCCCGAGCAGGAAAAAUGUGCAUAGGAGAGUGAAUGGAAUCGCUGAGGGAUGGAGGGCGUGGAUCGUCGCCGUCAAGCCUGCUGCGAGUAUGCCCAGCGGUGUUAGGGAUUGGCGGGUAUAUGCUCGUAGGAUUAGGAGAAGAGUCACUGGGCCUGCUAUUAUGGCACGCAUGGUAGCUGUUGUACCUGGGAGGAGAGAGGACAGCCACCGAUGGAUGACCUUUGAAGGUGAAAGUAUCUCGAGGCUGAAGACUGGACAGAGGUACAAUGUAUAACUACCCGG